UCUCUACACAGCAUGUGAUACCGUGUAUAGUCACACCACCUGAAUCCUAUUUUAAAAAGCGAAAGUACAUCCCGUAACAUAUGGAGAAAUUCCGAGAACUGCCGAUGACGUGCCAAGGUCGGUAUCGCUUGGUACUGACAGGGAAGUGAAUCGUCUGACUGGUCGGGUGGUACACUGAAGAAGACGUCGCCAUAUACAGUGACGAUACACCUAUACAACUGUACAAACGGGUGGUGAGUAAUGAUGAUAUGAGCGGUUAAUCAAGGCUUUCCUGUCACCAUGGCGUCAUAUUUAGAGGAAAAAGACAGUGAAAAGAUGAUAGUAGCCGCCAUUGAUUUCGGCACUACCUAUUCCGGAUAUGCUUUCGCAUUCCGAAACGACUACGCGAACGACGCACUCCGGAUCCAAGGAAAUACCUGGAAUAGUGGAUCUCGAGUUGGUGUAUCUCUUAAAACCCCAACAUGUGCACUCUUCACUCCAGAGCAGAAAUUUCACUCAUUUGGAUUCGACGCCGAGGACAAGUAUGCAGACUUGGCCAUUGACGACGAGCAUCAUGACUGGUACUACUUCCGGCGGUUCAAAAUGAUGCUGUAUAACAACCCACACAUUUCCCGUCAGUCCACAAUUGAGGAUGACAAAGGUAAACAUAUGAACGCGUUGGAGGUAUUCUCGGCUAUCAUCUUUUACCUAAGAGAACACAUGCUUCGCGCAAUGCACGCGCGAUCGAUCAGUGAAGGUGUCCAGGACGACGAAGUUCACUGGGUCCUUACUGUGCCAGCCAUCUGGUCGGACCAGGCGAAGCAGUUCAUGAGGGAGGCGGCCAAGAAGGCAGGCAUCAGAUCUGACCAGCUCGACAUCGCUCUGGAGCCAGAGGCAGCAUCGAUAUAUUGCAAGCACAUUCCCGUAGGAAAGCGGGGGCAGGAACUAUGUCAGGCAGGCGAGGAUAUUGCCGGCCUGGAAGCCAUCUGUCCUGGCACGAAGUAUUUGGUAUUAGACGCAGGAGGCGGCACCAUAGAUAUCACUGUCCAGGAGGUUCAGGGGGACGGGUCGCUUCACCAGGUCUACAUGGCAAACGGGGGAGACUGGGGAGGCACCAAAGUAGACGAGGCGUACGAGGAGUUCCUCAUAGAGCUGGUUGGCCCUCAGGUAUGGGACAGAUUCAAAAUGGAAAACAGAGAUUCCUACCUUGACAUCGUUCGCGAAUUUGAAAUUAAGAAACGCACCAUCACGCCCGAAAUUGACCAGAAGAUCACGUUUAAAGUUCCGAUUGCCCUGAAUGAGGUGUAUCAGGAUAUGAGAGGGCAAGAACUGCGUCUAUCGGUAUCGGAAGGACGUCGAGGCAGGAAAAUGGCAUGGAUUGGGGACAAGUUGAGAGUGGAUGCCUCUGAAGCAAAGAAACUGUUCGAAACUGCUUGUGAAGCAAUUGUAGAACACGUCGAACGGAUAUUUGAGCAAGAAGACGCGGCUGGAACGUCCAUUAUCCUGAUGGUUGGAGGGUUUUCAGAGUCACCAAUGCUACGACACGCCGUCAGGGAGAGAUUCGGUAGCAGGAAGAGAAUUAUCAUUCCACAGGAUGCUGGUCUCUCUGUCCUGAAGGGGGCAGUUCUCUUCGGGUUCGACACCAGAGUCAUAUCUACCCGUGUAAUGAAACACACUUAUGGUAUACAGGUAGCAGAGAAGUUUAGACAAGGGGACCCAGAGAGUCAAAAAUCAGUUGUGAAAGGAAUCGUGUAUUGCGAUGAUAAAUUUAGCAAUCACGUUGCUAGGGGACAGUCUGUUAAUAUAGGGGAAGCAACCGAGUACCACGACUAUGUUCCAUUGACAGAUGAGCAAACGCAGCUGGCCUUCAAGGUGUUUACAUCAGAAGGAGCCGAACCAAAGUACUGUGAGACAGAGAAUUGCACUUACAUCGGUAAGAUGUUGGUGGACCUCCCUAUGAACUUCCCUCAAACAGACCGUGGUGUAUCUGUGAGACUAAGGUUUGGGGGAACGGAACUUUCCGUGGAGGCAUAUGUAAAGAAAACAGAGCAAAAAACAAAUGCACAAUUCGAUCUCUUGGAGUGAUCCUUGUCUUUUUGUCUUCACAAAUGUAACGUUAUACUUUGACAAAUCAAAUGAAAGAUUAUUACUAUGUGGUACAGGUCCAUGCUUGUUGGUGUUGUUGCUACAAAACUCCAUCAGUAUGACAUUGGCUCAAUCUAACAAUUAUUGUGGUGUACAAAAUUCAGUACAGAAUUGGUGUAAGAAAGCACCUACAUGUAUUUAAAAUAUAUAUCCAAUCGAUGCAGAAGGGGUAAAUUAAACAAUUUUACUGAAUUAAAUGGUCAUUUUGUCCAAUUAGGACCAAUAAGAGUUACGCAAGCAAGGCACCAAACUCAUCGUGCUCACAUUGUUCGCACAUCAUUCACACAUAGUGUGCAUCACUGGACGAUUUAAUAAUCGAUCAUCCCGUCGUGCGAUAAAGCGCGCACAUAUGUGGGAUAUGGUAAGAUGUGCUGAUCAAUGUAACGGAAUAAAAGAUUCCGGAAGUUACGAGUAAUAUUAAAGUUAAAAUGAUGAAAACCUAUAGAAGAAGUUUUCCGAAACACACAGCAAAAAUGCAAAAGGAGAACCGUUUAAUACACAUUCCAUGUAGAACGUGACAGGAAUGCCUGUUUGUUGUCACAAAUAACAUUUUAUCUAGGAUCUGCACAUCAUGUUCGUUUGUAUUAGGAAUGUCUGUACUUCUUUAACGCCUUCACCAUACAUAUUCAAAUUCAGCGUGUGUUGUAAGAAUUUAGCCUUUUAUGAUUAUCCUAUUUAACGUGAUGAUGUGAAUUGUAAGAGCUCAUCUUGUUUUAAGGAAAUAAAUUGUAAUAUUAUAUUUCCCACUAAUUUUGUAAAUUG